ACAGCGUUACUGCCAGUCCUUUUAUUUAUUCAUGGCGGUUCCAACGUAGUAGGUAUGGGCGCCAUGCUUGACGGUGAUAUAUUAGCAGCACAUGAAGAAAUAAUUGUCAUAACUUUGAACUACAGACUUGGCGUUCUUGGAUUUUACGCUGCCCCUGAAAAUGGAAUAAAAGGCAACAACGCUCUAAUGGAUCAAAUGUUGGCUAUGCAAUGGGUUCAAAGAAACAUUAAGUUUUUCAAUGGAGAUCCGUCAAAAGUUACAAUAUAUGGACACAGUGCUGGUGCUGGGAAUGCAGGACUUCACAUGUUAUCCGAUUUAACGAAAGGUUUAUUCAGAAAUGCAAUUAUUCACAGUGGUUCAGCUAUCGCGAACUGGAUGUUAUCUAGCUGUAUAAAAACAAGUAGAAUGUCAGUUAUCCCGAACAAUUGUCAACCAGGUACCAGUCAGAUAACUGAAGACCAACAAGAGGAUAUUAAAGAUCUUUUAAAUGGGGAUUCUAUAGACAAAUACCUACCAAGAUUGGGCAGACAGGCUGUUGUAGUUGAUGGCGAAUUUAUCACAGGGAGUCCAGAAAAAAAGUUCACCUGUGGAAAAUUUCACGCUGGUUCAGUUUUGCUUAUAAUGGCGCGAGACGAAGGGUAUCCUUUAGAUAUGUCCACGUAUGAUGAAACAAAGAAAUGGUUGGAUAUAAAAUAUAUUAUUCAAUACGUUGCACUAACUUUGUUUCCAGACAGACCUGGAUUUCAAGACAGCAUUAAACAAGAACUGGAGAAGUGGAAGAAAUUAAACAUUUCAAGUUACCCUCAAUUUUGA